AUGCCUCCCGUGUCCAGAACCUGUCAGAGUUGCGCUAAUUCUAAGGUCCGAUGUAUUCGAACUUCUGAGAAUCCACAUGUGUGCAAGAGAUGUCUGCGCCUAGGUAGAGAAUGUCUCUAUAGGCAAACGGGCCGUCGUUUCAACGGCUUCCAGAAGGAUCGAAAGAUUGAAGCUCUCGAGUCCAAGGUUAAGAAGUUGAUGACGGACCAAAAUACCUCAGACCAGUCGUUACAAGCGCCUUCAGAGGCAGUGUCUAGAAUGCGGAGUACCUCUGUGACGGAAAGCGAUGAUGGCGACAAAGAUAUCAUCGACCGAGGUAUUUUGAGCCUGGAGAUAGCCGAAAAAUAUCUCGAGUUAUUCAAGUCGAUCCUAACUCCACAUUUCCCUUUCGUGGUCAUCUCUCCUCAAGUCUCUGCAGUCCACUUACGACAGGACAAGCCAUUUCUUUUCUUAGCCAUUAUGUCCUCAGCAUCAUACGACAAUAUGCCAUUGCAACGGUCAUUGGGCGCCGAGGUUAAAAGAGCUGUUGCCUCUCGAAUAAUUCUCAACGGAGAAGUGUCGUUCGACUUGCUGCAAGGGCUACUGGUGUUCCUGGCUUGGUCCCAUUAUCAUACAAAGCCACACCGAUAUACUCAAUUUCUCCAAUUGGCUGUUAGUCUCAUUAUAGACUUGCGAUUAGAUCGGCCGCCACAAACAAAGACGUGGAAGACUAAGUUGCACUUUGAAUCGCAAAAUGUGGCAGAUGAACAGACCCUUGAACGACCAUCAUGGGGAAGUGACGAGAAGAGAGCUGUCAUUGGCUGUUACUACCUAUCAUCAGCAAUCUCUGUUCUUCUUCAGAAGCAAUCUGCCUUUUCUUAUAUACCUUACCUUGAAGAUUGCUGUCGGUCGCUUCAAGAUGGAAAGGAGUAUCCCCAUGAUCUAUACAUGGCCGCUCUAGUCCAGUUGCAACACAUCGCGGAAAAAAUAGACCGGCUGUUCGGAAAUCACAAACAGGAGCUCAUGAGACCCGGUUCAGGAUUGGAACUCUACGUGACAAGUGUCAGAUCAGAUUUGGAUGCAUUUCAAAACCGACUACCAUUCAACAUCUACGAUGCCCCAUUCUUUGCGAUUCAAUUUCACACAACCGCCUUGUCUUUAUACCAGCUCGCCCUCGCUGCGGUUAGCCCUUGGUCUGAAUCCCAACCAGUGGCUUACCAGCUUGAUUGGAACGAGAUGUUGUGUGCAGCGAUGAGUGCUUCUGAGUACGUACUCAAUUCGUACCUCGAGCUUCCAGUUGGCACGGAACUGGGCUUCACAAAUACACAAUGGGUACAAAUGGCUUUCUCCAUGGUCAUUCUCUAUCGGCAUACUGCCAAAUUGUCCAAUCCAAACCAAGCAGCUGCCUUCCUUUCCAUGUUAAACCAGCUGCAGCAACGGAUAGGCACGUUGUCGACUCCCCACGUGGACUCAAAUGGGGACCGUGACACCUUUUUCGACUUCACGAGACGAGUUGUGCAAAUAAAAGGAUUGCUAGGUGGCCCUCGCGAUAAUCCUUCCAGAGAUAUUGGCAAAGAUGGCUCGUCAAUUCCUAACAUAGGAAUGCAUGUAUCUGUCGACGCCUCCAACAUUCUCGAGGGUGACCCUUUAGAUUUGGACAGUCUAGUCCCAGAGGAUCUCUUGAUGCAGGUUGACUUUUCAUCUGACUAUCUGUUUGAGGCUUCGGUGGAGCAGAUUAUGGGCAAUUGGAUUUGA